UCUGUUUUAGUAACUUUUGUUUUAUAUUGUUGGUAAUAUACCGGUCUUCGUUUUAAAGCGGUUAUAGUCGUAGCGGAUCGUCAGUUUGUGCCUUUAUGACACCCGCACAGCACGUUUCGUGAUCCUGCAAAGAUGGAGGAGCCUGUUGGUAUGGAAAAUGAUAGCAAAGUGUCGAAUGUCGCUUCCGACGACAAUCAUCUGAAGGAAGACAAACCAUCUGACUGCAAGAUACCCAAGACAGAAUCAGGUGAUAGCAAUGCAAAGGCUGACCAAGACAACAAUGAACCCAGUGAGAUCAUAGAUGUUAAGGUAGUGUAUAAUAAGAACAAAUACGACGUGAGUGCACCCGCUAACACGACCAUUGCCGACUUUAAAAAACUCCAGGGACUUGUUGGUGUUCCUAACACAAUGCAGAAACUCAUGUACAAAGGCUUACUACAAGAUAAUCAAACAUUAGGUAGCAUAGGAAUCACCAAAGGUGCUAAGAUAAUGCUCGUCGGAUCCACACUUAACGACGUCCUGGCAGUGUCGAUGACCACAAAGCCAGAUCAUGCCGAAUCGGAGAAAGCUGCCGCCUCUAAAGAGCCACUAAGCAAGCAGAAACUUCAUAGAAAGAUACUUGACAAAGGCAUGCCAGAGGACGUAAUGCCGGCUAUCAAAUGGUGUAAUGAGAGCUUGCCAAUGGUGCCCCUCAGCGGUAUGCUCAACAAGCAUGGAAGUAAGAUACGGCUUACUUUCAAGCUUGAAGCCGACCAGCUCUGGCUCAGUACCAAAGAGCGCACUGAAAAACUACGGAUGGCAUCCAUUAAAAAUGUUAUUUCGGAAGCGAUUACCGAACAUGAGGAAUAUCAUAUUGUGGGUUUACAAAUAGGUCCAACAGAAGCAUCACAUUAUUGGAUCUACUGGGUGCCCGCCCAGUAUGUCGAAGCGAUAAAGAACGCCGUGUUGGGCCAAUGGCAGUUGGAAUGAAAAUACACCGCCGCUGGCUGCAUCAGUAUUUCUCAUUUUUCACACAGUUGCUUUACUUCCUCGAACAUCGACCGCCGGUCACACAAACGCGCGACAAUUUAAUGUUUGCCUACGCUCUGUAAAUAUGUGAUAGACAAGAGAGUGCAGCCACUCAACCCUCUCGACUGCGGAAGCAAACUCGUAUGUAUUUUUAAUAAGUUUUGUGAUGAGUGAUGACUACACGUGGUGUGACAUGCGUGCAUUUAAACUUAACACGACACAAAAGUAAAGAAAAAAAGUCAAUUGUACGAAGAGGGCUUCGAUUUAUUCGAAUUUAGUUUUUACUAAUAUCGAGACCGUGAAAUUUCGUGUGAUUUUGGUUUAUAAAGAGCGGAGAGAUUAUGAAAUUAAUGAAUGAGUUAAUAAUACAAACAUGUGGUUAAUACAUAUAAAUUAAAUUUAUAUGAGAGCUAUGAAAAACGAA